UUACUGAUUGGUGUUGUCACCUGUCAGCCACGCAAACGUCACGACAGAGCGCUCGGUGACUCAGAGUGGACGGGCGAGAGUUUUACCGUGUGCGCCGCACUGGACUUCAUCGUAUAACCCGUGUGUCAACGUACUGUAGCAACAGUUUGUUGCAGCAGAAAGAUAGCUGAAGAUUGCAACAUCGUUUCAGGGAGGACCCGGGUAUUGCGAGUGAACUCAAGAAGGAGGGGUGGAAAGUGACACUUAAAAGUUCUCAGGAAGUAAGGCGAAGCUCCUGCGCACUCGUCAUUUGUCAUUAGUUUGUUUUGUUGUAGACUGUGUCUCCAACAGAAUUGUCUCUGCUAACUUCUGUGGACAAGAUGUCAAAACUCCGACCGAGACUUUGUAUUCUGGAAAAGGGUGCGGAUGGAUACGGGUUUCAUUUGCACGGGGAGAAGGGGAAAACGGGUCAGUUUAUCCGACUUGUAGAACCAAACUCUCCCGCCGAAUCUGCCGGUAUGCUCGCCGGGGACAGACUCGCGUUUGUCAACGGGGAGAACGUAGAAGACGAGAGCCACCAGCAAGUAGUUGCCCGGAUACGAGCCACCAUGGGAGCACUGGAGCUUAUCGUGGUUGACGCUGAAACCUUAGAAUUACUGAAGAAACACAACUUGAAGUGCCGUAAAGAGUUUGCCAGGGAGGGCAUCCCGUUACCGAGCAACGAGUCCAACCACGGGGAUGAUGCCGCAAGCAGGUCCUCGAGAGACUCUACGACCACACCACCGGAUAACGGAGACGUCUCCCUCGCUCGGCUGAGCGUGAGCUCCAAGGACUCCAGGCCAGAGUUGCGCCCCCGGCUGUGUCGUAUGAAGAAGGGAUCGACAGGCUACGGCUUCAACCUCCACAGUGACAAGAACAAGCCUGGCCAGUACAUCCGAGCUGUGGACGCCGCCUCACCUGCAGAGAAGGCAGGCCUGCGGCCCCAGGACAAGAUCAUACAGGUGAACGGUGUGGGGGUGCAGGACAUGCAGCACUCAGAGGUGGUGGGGGCCAUCAAGACUGGGGGGGGGGAGACCAGUCUGCUGGUGGUGGACGCCGAGACGGAAGCCUUCUUCAAGAGCUGCAACGUCCUGCCCACCGAGGCCCACCUCACCGGACCCCUGCCUCAGCCAGCAGUAACCAAUGGAGGAGCGUCACAACCUGUGGUGAACGGCACGUCUGUGGAGGAGCCAAAGCCCAAGGUGUCAGUCAGCUCCUCGUCCUCCACCGCCUCCUCCAACACCUCCCUCCCCACCGCCUCCUCCAACACCUCCCUCCCUGCCGCCGUCAGCUCCGCCCCCCCGCCAGCGGAGGUGAGAGUCCAGGUGGCGAGAGCUCCAGAGCCCAGCCUGAAGGCGGACAGCGGGGAGCCUGGUCUGGAUCUGGGUCUGUCUCUGGCGCAGGCCAAGGAGAAAGCCAGGCAGAAACGAGCUGCCAAAAAGGCCCCUCAGAUGGACUGGAGCAAGAGGAACGAGCUCUUCAGCAACCUGUAGACCAUCCCUCUAUCCAUCCCUCUAUCCAUCCAUCCCUCCCUUCAUCCAUCCCUCUUGUCUCUCUCUCCCUCAGUCUGUCUUUUUGUCUCUCUCUCUCUCUCUGUCUGUCUUUGUCUUUCUCCCUCAGUCUGUCUUUUUGUCUCUCUCUCUCUCUGUCUGUCUUUGUCUUUCUCCCUCAGUCUGUCUUUAUGUCUCUCUCUCUCCCUCAGUCUGUCUUUUUGUCUCUCUCUUUCUUUGUCUUUCUCCCUCAGUCUGUCUUUAUGUCUCUCUCUCCCUCAGUCUGUCUUUGUCUCUCUCUCUCUCCCUCAGUAUGUCUUUAUGUCUCUCUCCGCCUUUCUUUGGACGGUCUGACGUCAUGAAGAAAGCUGUAAAUGAAUGUCCACAUCCUUUGUUGUGCUCAAAUAUUUUAUCACACAUACACACACACACACACACACACACUUGCCAACCCACACAUAAAGCAGUGUUAUGUUUUUCAUGAUUCCGUGAUUGCCAUCACAUGCUAAUUUAGGGUCCGUCCUCGUUAUGUAAGAUUGUUGACAUGUAGCUCCGAAGGGUAAUGAUUUAAAAUGUCCAAAUAUAUUGUAAUGAAGAUGAGAUUAAAGCUGACGUAUGAUUUAUUCUGUUAGGCAGAAUACAAAGCUUGAGGAUGCAGGGAAAACAAGGGGUGAAGUGAUGAGUAUUUAAUCUAGUGAUAGAAUGUAUCCACUUAGUAUUGUGAAUAGAGACGUGUAUGAUUUGAAAGUUGUCCUUAUUUGAUUGGAAGUCUGAUAAACGGCCGGUUGUAAGGCUUUUGCUCUUAAAUGACUUUGUCACAACAGUCAAUAUAUAUUGGUGAUGCAUUCAUCACUGGUCCAGUUGGAUAGAUUUCAGAACGACCAAACAGAUGCAUGACAGUGUGUGCCUCCUACUAGUGCUUUCAUAUCGGUUCUAAGUUUGUCAGACUACCUUUGUGAUUUGUGAUGUCAGAGACCAGGCUGUGUUAGUGAUGCCCAGGCAUGCAUGUGACGCCAGACAGAGCCACCGUUCUGAGUGUCACAAUGACAGGAAGUCAGGUCCUCAGCUCUGAAGGUUCUAGAAUCCCUGUGAAGUUCUGGGUGAUCAUUCCGGAUUAAACCCUCCUGCUGUUCUUAUGAUACUGUGAGCAUUUCUGAGUCCAACACCUGUCUAGAAAAUCUUGUGUCCGGAGUCCCCCCCCCCCUCCUCGAUAUCACAAUCCCAAUUUAGCCGUUGGCCUGUCCAGUGUCCUAGCAUGUUCUAAAGAGAAAAAUACAUGAGAUGAGAUUAUUUUUCAUAAAGGUUUUCUUUUUAUUAGAUUUGUACAUAAAUGAUAUCAGAAGAAAAGUGUCAUUUGAAGCGUGUUGUGGAGGAGUCUGUCGAGGGGGUAGAGGACACGCUAGGGUCCCGGUUACCAUGGGAGACACCGUGGAGCCUCCAGUUCACCCUGUACACGCUACUGUACUCGACUGUACUCUGCUUGGAAGGGCACCGAUGAGGAAUAAUAAAACAUUUGGGAAUCAA